AACUUGAUUUUUUUUUUCUCCUUUUUCUUGGGGAUUUUUGUAACAUGCGGACACGCUGCGCCUGACCGCACCGCUCACGGAUUUGGUAGGGUUGACCUUAUCGUACCGAGGCAGGCAUAAGCAGCCCAGUCCCCUUGGCGUUUGGGAAAGCGCAGAUGUGUUUCUAGCAAAAACUAAGUAAAUGUUCCUUGUAGGGUUGGGAAGUUUUUUGUAGAUCCAGGUUUUCAAAAGUUUUAUCCCUGCUCUUGGAAAGAGUCUACAUCAGUGGAUCCAGAAGAAUCCAAACUUGUCCAUGUUGUCAAAUGGAUGCCAGAGACAAGCAACUUCUACGCUCCAUGCGUCUGGAGCUCUGCACAGAGGUGCUCGUGGAUGGACUUGUUAUUCAGUAUCUCUACCAAGAAGGCAUUCUCACUGACAGUCAUGUUCAAGAAAUAAAAUCCCAAAAUACCAGUCAAAGGAAAACCAUGAUGCUGCUUGAUAUUCUUCCUACUAGAGGACCCAAGGCAUUUGAUGUAUUCUUGGAUUCCUUGCAGGAGUUCCCAUGGGUUAAAGACAAGUUGAAGGCUAAGCGUAAGGAAAUGACAGUAGAAGAUCCUGCAGAUGUAACAGAAAUUGCACCAUGUAUUUUGAAGAGUUCACCAACAGAUCAGCAGAUCAACAAGCUUGCGAGGAAAUUGGGGCCUGAAUGGGAGCAUAUUGUUCUGUGCUUGGGUUUGUCACAUACUGACGUCUAUCGAUGUAAGGUCAAUCACCCUCACAACGUGCAGUCACAGAUCGUAGCUGCGUUUGUCCUGUGGAGACAGCGCUUCGGGAAAAAAGCAACAGUCCAAAGUCUGCAAGCCACUCUGAUAGCCGAAGAAGCAGAUCCUUCUGUGAUACAGUAUAUGCUUGAGUGAAGCUGUGCUAUCGAUUGGGAGCAUUCAAGUACUUUGCUAAAUUAAAGUGGAUUCACUGAACUGUGUAUAGAUCUGGUUGCUCAAGCUGGAGAAAAUAGAGUUGAGAACUGUGAUUUUAUUAAUCUUAUACAUUCCAGUUUUCUGUGGCAUCUUUUAACUUUUCAUGCCAGAUGAAUUUUUAGCAAGCAUUAAAAAAAAAUGGAUCACUC